UCCCUACAAUUACUAAGUUAGAUAUGAGUACGUCUCUGCACGGAAGCACUUCAGAGUGAAGCAGCCUUGGAUCUCUGCAAGACCUUCACUGAGAAACGAAGGACUUGGGAGGAUAGAUGAUCUUCAAGGUCCUUUCCAACCUAGUUGGUCCUGUGAUUCUGUGAUGUACCUCAAGUCAUGAAACCCUGGAGGAGAAGGAUGGCCCUCACUGAAAGGGACAUAGGAAGCUUUUGACACGGCGUGGAGGGUCCCAGAGCACCCACCCAAUUGGAGUGACCCAUGCAAGCAAGGAGUUGAAGGAGGUGGGCACCCAAGCGCUCUUGCAUGGGAGGCUGACCAUGCAUCGCCUAUCCUUGAGGCGGGACCCACGUCCAAGGAUAGCCACUGCCACCGGUGAGAAGUUGCUUCGCUGGUGGGUGGCUCCUUCUGGGGGUCCCUCUCCAUCAGGCUAGAGGAUCUGCAGGGGCAUUUACAGCACAAGCUGCAUUGCGGUGCUCUGCGUUGCAUGUCUCGGUGGCUGAGAAUCCGGGAUAAAAAUACUUCUCCAGUAAUGAACAGCCGCUGGUAAUGCACUGCCUGGCUUCCUGAAGAACUCAGCACAGAUCUACCCACCUGUAAAACAAUGUCAUUUCUCCUCCUGUGUCCUAACAGCUUGUUCUGGGUGCUGUCAAGGCACGUUAGAUUGCAUCAGUUCAACACUGGGUAUUCACUCAAGACAUUUUUCCAGGCUCUCUGGUGGCUACUGUUGGGAAUAAUCCUACUUUGUUCUCCAGCAUAUUGUUCUGGUUUUAAAAUUGGACUGCUUGGGCCCUGGAACUGUGACCCUUUCUUUUCCAAAGCCUUUCCCCACCUGGCUGCCAGGUUAGCAGUGGGACGAAUAAACAAAGAUCCUUCACUAGAUCUUGGCCGCAGGCUGGAUUAUGUGGUCCUGCAAGAAGAAUGUGAGACAUCAAGAGCUCUGGUUAGAUUCAUUGACAUUGGAAAGUAUUCCUCAGCUUUCAUAGGCCCUCUGAACCCUGGCUUCUGUGAGGUGGCCACACUUAUAGGGGAAAACUGGAAUAAAGCCAUCUUCUCAUGGAUGUGCAUCAACUAUAAUCUGGAUUCCACCAUCCGCCACCCUACAUUUGCAAGGACACUACCCUCUCCAACCCGAGUUUUGUUUACAAUAAUGAAUUAUUUUAACUGGGCUCAUGUUGGCAUCAUUGCUUCCAAUGAGGAUAUUUGGAUGGACACAGCCAACAAGUUAGCAAGUGCACUCAGGAACGAGGGGCUUCCCGUAGGCAUUGUUACAUCCAUACAUAAAGGAGAAAAAGGCAUUGAAGACACCUGGAAUGAGAUUAAAAAAGUUGACGGUAUUAAAAUUAUACUCCUGUGCAUGCAUUCUGUGCUCAUUGGAGGGAAGGAACAGGCCACCUUACUCACAAAGGCUCUGGAAAUGGGACUAGCAGAUGGAAGAUACGUCUUUGUUCCAUACGACACUUUACUGUACAGCCUUCCUUAUGAAACCAACACAUUUGACAUCUUUGAUAAGGACAGCAAGCUCCAGAAAGCAUAUGACGCUGUACUCACGAUCACACUGGAGUCUGGAGAAAGGACUUUCUAUGAUGCAUUCAGGGAAGCUAAAGAAAACGGUGAAAUAACCAGGGAUUUGGAAGCCACCGAGGUUUCUCCACUCUUUGGAACAAUCUAUGAUGCCAUUUACUUCAUGGCAAUGGCUAUAGACAAUGCUCAGAGGAAAGGAGCCCGUGUUUCAGGAGCUAACAUAGCCGAGCACACAAAAAACUUGAGUUUCCCUGGAUUUAGUCACUGGGUAGAGACAGACAACUGUGGGAGGGGGCUGAGCAACUAUGUGAUACUGGACACGGAUGGUUUUAGGAACCAUCUCCUCCCAACCCACUUGUUGGACAUGUCUUCAGACUCUGUGAAGUCCCUAGGCCGGGCCAUCCACUUUCCUGGUGGAGCUCCACCCCAGCCAGACUGUAGCUGUUGGUUUGAUCCAGAUGUUCUCUGCACUGGAGGGAUUGAGCCUAGAGUCAUGUUUUUGGGAACAAUGCUGGCAUUUGGCCUGAUGCUUUGUGCUGCGGGACUGGCUUCUCUCAUCAGGCAUAAUAUCUUGAACAGCCAGCUAUUCAGGGGACCUAAUAAGAUAAUACUGACCUUGGAUGAUGUUGUCUUCAUCAACCCAGAGCUACAUAAAAAGAGGCUGACCUUGGACAGUCUGGCAGAUGCAAACAGUGUAGCAGCCGACGGCAGAAGCCUGAAAUCAAACCGCUCUUUUUCCUUGAAAAGUGCAGCUGCCACCUACGAAACCUCCAACGUGGCUUUGUAUGAGGGAGACUGGGUGUGGAUGAAAAAACUUGAGACGGGAGCAGUUCACAACCUGCGGCAAAGCUCCACCAGCAUCCUGAGGAAGAUGAAAGAUCUGCGUCAUGAAAAUGUGAAUCUGUUCCUGGGCUUUUUCUCUGACUGUGGCAUCUUUGCCAUAGCGACGGAGUACUGCUCCCGAGGAAGCCUGGAGGACUUGCUGAGAAACGAAGAUAUGAAACUGGAUUGGAUGUUCAAGUCCUCUCUCGUGAUGGAUCUAAUUAAAGGAAUUAGGUAUUUGCAUUACCGAGAUUUUGCCCAUGGACGUCUCAAGUCUCGUAACUGUGUCGUGGAUGGCCGGUUUGUGCUGAAGAUCACCGACUAUGGUUAUAAUGAGCUCUUAGAAGCACAGAAAUGCCCGUAUAUUCAACCACCCCCAGAAGAAUUGCUUUGGACAGCUCCUGAGUUACUGAGGGACCCCGACAUGUGCAGAAAGGGCACGUUCAAAGGGGACAUUUACAGCUUUGCAAUCAUCCUACAAGAAGUGAUCGUUCGAGGUCCACCAUACUGCAUGUCAGAACUCUCAGCUGAAGAAAUUAUAAAGAAAGUGAAGAAGCCCCCUCCCUUGUGUCGCCCAAGCAUAGCCCCUGAGUUGGCCCCCCUGGAGUGCAUCCAGGUAAUGAAGCAAUGCUGGGGUGAAGCUCCCGAACGACGUCCAACCUUUGAGGAAGUAUUUCAUAAGUUCAAAACCAUCAACAAAGGGAAAAAGACCAAUAUAAUUGACUCGAUGCUCAGGAUGCUUGAACAGUAUUCGAGCAACUUGGAAGAUUUAAUCAGGGAGCGGACCGAAGAGCUAGAGGUUGAAAAGCAGAAGACAGAAAAACUACUGUCACAAAUGCUUCCCCCAUCAGUGGCGGAAGCCCUCAAGACCGGUGGCACUGUGGAGCCAGAGUAUUUUGACCAGGUCACCAUCUACUUCAGUGACAUCGUGGGCUUCACAACCAUUUCAGCCCUCAGUGAACCCAUUGAAGUAGUUGACCUUCUGAAUGACCUUUACACGCUGUUUGAUGCUGUUCUGGGAAACCAUGAUGUUUACAAGGUGGAGACAAUUGGUGAUGCCUACAUGGUUGCCUCAGGUCUCCCAAAAAGGAAUGGAAACAAGCAUGCAGCUGAGAUAGCCAACAUGUCCCUGGACAUUCUCAGCUCAGUGGGAUCGUUCAAAAUGAGACACAUGCCAGACAUCCCCCUCAGGAUACGAAUCGGGCUGCACACAGGGCCUUGCGUGGCAGGCGUGGUGGGGCUUACCAUGCCACGGUACUGCCUCUUCGGAGACACAGUGAACACGGCGUCACGAAUGGAGUCCACAGGCCUGCCUUAUAGAAUUCAUGUCAGCCAAAGUACAGUGGAUACGCUUCGGAGACUAAAUGAAGGCUAUGAAAUUGUACUUAGGGGAAAAACAGAACUGAAGGGUAAAGGAGUAGAAGAGACAUAUUGGCUAGUUGGGAAAAAAGGCUUUCUGAAGCCCUUACCUAAACCUCCUGAAAUAAAGCCAGGCCACAACUGGCCAGAUGCACUGACCAGGAAACUCAAAUCUGUCCUGAAGGACACAAAGAGGACACUGAAAAAAGCAACUUUUAAACAGCUGGGAAGCAUGAAGGAGAGCGAAAUAAGUAUUGAAGAGGAUGAAAUCUCAGAAGAGCACAGCAAAGAACUAGUAAGAUCAGGAUGGACACCUUGAAGCCAACCCAGCAGAGGAGCUCACACCCUCCAUUUAUUUCCCUUCCAGCCAAAAGCAGUAUAAUUGAUGAAGCCUCUUAGAUCUUUGAGAGGGUGAACCUGAGCAGGCAGUUUAAUCCUGACCAUCAUCUCUUGUGAAACUGAGCACCAGCCCAGAGCCGUAUGUACAUUUUUUUUGGCAGGGGUCCACAGGGGAGGAAAGUGAUGGUGAUGGUGAUGAUAGCAACAGCUCUUCAUCAGCAUUCAUCACAAGGAUGAGCCCAAAGAAUAUUUUAGCUAGGUCUGCAUGGCAGUACAAACAUGUCCGGCUGCACUUGGGCCUGGAUUCGAACAAUAAUGCCAAGUACUAAAAUGGUUUAACUGUUUUGCAUUAAAUAGAUUUGUUGUUGUUGUUGUAGAAAACUCUGGUUUUGUGAAGAUCAGUGCAAUUCAAAAGAAAAUGCUUUUGACAGCAAUGAAAAAUAUUUUUUUACUCCCCACAAGGGGAAAUUUUGAAUCAAAAUGUUUUGUUCCUGCACGUCAAUUUAAGCUGAAACAAUUUCUUUUAAAUUGACAUUUCAGCUGCAAAUGCCAUUUUAAUGUUAUUUUCAAACUGAAAUGACAGUUUUGAAAUGGAACAGUUUGGUAUGAAUCAAUAUUUGUUUCCAAAUGCCAAAAUGUGAUUCUGCUCAAAAUGUCAAAAUAUGUCAUCUUUGUAAUUCCAGAUCUAAACUGGAAGAACAUUUUGUUUCACUUUAUGCACACACACACAUAUAGCAUAUCUAAAACAUUUUAUAGUUUUCAUCCCAAAGCAGGAUGAAAGCGAAAUGCCAAGAUAUUGGGAAACUGAGAUGCAGAGAAUGACAUUCUGCAGCUCCUUUAGCUGAGUAAUGCUAGUAAGAUAUCAAUUUUCUUUCCUGUGAGUGUGGCCGAGGGAAUGAAAAGUACAUCACUUAAGCAGUGCAAAGCCUAAAACACAUCACUCUUUUUCCUUCUCAGUCUCCAAAUGGUCUCAAAGGCAGUUGUCUUCAAACUAAGCCUCCCAGUGGGUAAAAAUACCUUUCUGCAAAGGGCCAGCCUUUGACCUGUAGGCACUUCUCUCAGAGCACACCUCAUCAAAGUCAACUAAUUGUUUUGUUGGCCACUUCUUCCAGAUUUUUUUUACUCCUGUUCAACAUCUGGCUUCUAACAAACUUCUGGGAAUUGUUGUUCCCUCUUCUUCAAGGAUGAAGAGAACAGCAGACAUGGUAAUUUAAUCAAUAUUACCACCAGAAGGUGCUCAUUGAAUACAUGGAGACCUCUCUCAAGCUCAGUUUGAACUCUUCUCAUCAGAGCAACCUGAGCAAAUUUUUUGUCACUCAGAUGAUAAAUAAGUCAACAACCACUCACCAAACCGCCUUUGGUUAUUGCAGAUAAUCUUUACGAAAUGAGGCAAGCCAAACUCCACAAAGCUCUAAAGAAGAUAGUGUUUUCACAACUACUUCACCGUAGCAAGUAUCUGAAAAGUGAAAACGGAAGGGAAAUUUGUUAAUAUCCUUCAAUAUUAAGAUUUUGCUCUGUGGCACCUGGUUUAGUGAGAGAAGCUUUUGCCUAUUUACUGGUGAGAGUUGAUAUUUCAGGUGGGAGAACUUGGCCCUUGAAAGGCAUCUGUCAAAAAGCUCAAAUGACACUUGAGCUGUCAAAGAGGGCUUUGGAAAGCUUUCACCUUCUGCACUGUGCUCAGGAUUGAAGACCUGUGAAAGAGACGUGGGCCAGGCAAUUCUGACAUAAUAUACCUCAAUAUACAGUUCCAGGGAGGGAUGUUAUCUGGGUUGGUCUCUGCAAAUGUGAGUUUAGAGUCAAACAUAUUCUUGGGUUGGUCUCUGCAAAUGUGAGUUUAGAGUCUAAUAAUUUCUGAAUAAUUCAUGUAUUUUCCAUUAUCUUCCCAUGUUAAAAACACUGAUCAGUGCUGUUCUGUUACGUACUGGCAUGGGUUCAAUCAAUCUGACUUUUAUGUCUUGGCUAAAGAAAAUUGCAAGGUGUGGCAAGCAGAAAGAACAUCCCCUCUACAGGGGACAGAAGAGCUCUCCCUCUGCUCUUGGUGUGGUAUUCCCAUGCAAGUGAGUGUUGGAAAGGCCUAUGUGUAGUCAAGGCUGGCCUCCAAAUGAAGAGAAAUACCCAGAGUGAUGUGCAAAAGGAGAAUCAUCUGGCUAAAUCUAGCCCUGUAAGGUGCAGCCUGAGACAGUCACCCAGACUGGUCCCCUAACAGUCAGAGAAGGGAAACAGGCACCUCCCAGGGGUGUUCCUUAGGCUCCUACAUGUGGAUACCUCUCUGUGUGCCGGGUGUCUCAGCUCCUGCUGCAGUUAAUGGAGAUCAAGCCAGAAAGUCCAAAGAGCCGAAUGACUCAGCUGAGCCUCAAACGGGUGCCUACAUCUGGCUAGCACAGUCGCCCUUAAACUUCACUGACUGUUGGCAAAGUCUCCGUUCAAGCAAUGGGAGCCCUGGUGCGUGCAGAGAUACCCAGAGGGAGAUAUCUGUGACGCAAUUCAGCUGCUGAAACACAGGUACUUAAUGCCAUUUAGGAUGUAGAGUAUAGAGUUAAUUCCAUUUAGGAUUUUGUAGAGUUUUGUAGAGCACCUACAACAUCCAAACAGGGCUGAUAAAUAAGAUACAGGACCAGAUCCUUUUGCAGUGAGGCCAGACAGCAGAACCCUAAUAUCUGAAAUAACACCGGACAGGUAUGUUUAAUGAGAUAUACCUUUGAAGCUGGAUGUUUUAACCCCAAAGAGAAUUCCAUGCCCAAUUAUCUGCACCAGAAGGAUGAACCGUGCCCUAAAAGUGUUUGCCAUCAACUCUAACAGGAGCAGCACUGAUCAGCUCAGGUGGAGAAACCUACACCACAGAUGAAUAAAGUCAAGUUGGAUGAACCUCCCUCUGACAUAGCUAUCAUCACUGGUUCAGAGGAGGUGCUGGGCUCCCCGGCCUUUUCCCUGAGUCUGGAAACUCUUCCGCUUGGCUUGUCUAGAUGUGCUAAACCUUUCUGAAACACUUGUUCUUCCCAGCGCACAGGCAAAAUGGAUGUAAAGGAAGAAACAUAUGAGCAGAAAACAAAAUCUGUGAAGCAACUUGCCCCCCGAAAACCUUCCCGUUGAUCCAUUUAGCUGAUAAUGUGACAGUGAACGGGAGGGACAGCAGCUUUCUAUCUUUGCUAUAUAUCAAAUGACACAUCUGUAAAUGCAUGAGGAAAAACCCACCACCAACACCUCUGCAGUCUACCACUAUGCACAUAUUCUCCUUUUCAAAAUGUACACAUAGGUUCAGAUACAUAUGUACUUCAAUUUUGGGGUUCUCAGUUUUUUAUUUCAUACUUACCCACUAAGAAAUAAUCUUUUGAGAGUGUGUUUUUGUUAGUCCAAGAAAAGACAAUUUUAAGAAAAUGCUGGGUAGCCAAAAACUGAAUUUUCCAGCUGAAGAUGAUUUAAACAAGAGGAUUUAAAUCUGCCUUCUGCACACGGUUUUUGGAUUCUUUCUUCAGCCUCUAGUCUUCUAAAAUAAACAACAUUCUUUGAAUUUAUUAAAAAAAAAAAUAGUAAAUCUGUGGGAAAGGGGAGCAGAGAAGCAAAGUUCUAAUCACUGUCGACUUUAGUAAUCCCAGGAUAAUUCUUAAUUCUCUUUGAAGCCAGUGGUAUUUUUUUUCCUCUUAACUUCAACAGGAAGAGGCCAAGGACUCAUCCCUGAGUGUGAUAACCUCUACUGUUAGAAAGCCAUAAAUAUAUUUUUAUUUUCCUGACAUUGUUCUGUUUAGACAGGUUUAGGUUUACUCACGAGAUUUCUUCCCAUACUAACUGUGGUUACUGUAUCAGGCUCGUUUCUUGUUAUUUUGCUCCUAAAACUAGUAUUUGGAUGUUGCAAUGGGAAAGAUGGGGGCUGGAAGCAGCAAAUGUAAAUUUUGUAGCUCCGCAGCAGACUUCUCAGGUGAUUGUGGACAAGUCACUUGGUGGAUUUCUCAGAUAGUGAAGCGCACACUCUAGAAACCACUAUCAACAAGAACCUACCAUGUGAUUGCUGGAGGUUGUACCUCUAACAUUAUAGGGAGAAUUUUAACCGUGCAAACCCGCUGAGAGCUGUAGAUGUAUUUAUGCACAAUAUACACUGUCUGAAUAUAGUUCAUAUUUCAUACAGUAUUUUUAAGAGUGAAUUAAAACCAAAUGCCAAUAAAGAUCCUUGGAGACCUAUCCCUCCACCU